GCUCACUGACAAACUAUCCUUUGCGCCUGAGCAGAGCCGUUCUGUACAGCUCAGUCUCGGGAUGCGUGAGACCGUAACCGCUGGGCCUUGGAAGUCAAGCUUCAAUUGGGCUGACGAUGAAGAUGACGAGGAGUGGUGGAAAGACGAGAUGAGCAGAAUUGCUGCUGUGGAUAAGUCCCAAGAGGACGAUAGUAUGGCAUCGGACUCUCGCUCGGCUGGCGGUGAUGGUAGGUCGCGCCUUUCAGCCCCAGCGGCCGAGAACGAAAAUGCAUGGUUCGGCUCUAGUGAGUGUUCCGGCUUCGAGACGUCUUUUCGGUUGAUCAGCCCGUCCAACGUGACAUUUUAA